AUGAAAGCAAAAGCUAGUUCUACCUUUGAAGAAAUAGUUACCAAUGAUGAAUCACAUUUGUCAGCUGAGUUUGAAAGAGUAGGAAUAUUGUUAGAUAAGAUUCGAGUAGGAAAUGAAGAAAAUAUUAUAUACACAGCAUAUCUUGCUAACAAGGUUUCAGAAUUGCAAUGA